AUGUCCCCCAGCCUGCGCCUGCCCGCCCGGGCCGCUCUCCUGCCCCGCUCCCCGCCCGAGACGGGGGUCCCCCGGGCUCCCCCGGUCCCCCCCGCUGCCUCUGCCCGGCCCCGGGGCUCCCCGGAGCCCUCCCGGCCCCGGGGCCUGGCGGAGAUGCCGGGGCCGAGCUCCGCCGCCUUCAUCUUCGAGCUGCUGUGCCGCGGGGGGGUGCGGAGGCUGCACGAGAUGCAGGUACAGAAAUGGGGCGGGGGGCACCGGGACCCCCGGGGUCUCAGCCGGGGCUCGGAGCGGCGGGGGGGCCAUUCCCGGUGUCACAGCCCUGGCCGGAGGGGACAGCGCGAGUCCCGAGGGGACCGGGGGGACCGCGGCGCUCCCGGCCGGGGGAGCGGGCACGGACACGGAUCUCCGUCCCCGGGGCUCGGGGGUGGCGCCGGGACCCCCGGUGUGGGCACGGUCCGAGCAGCCCCGGCCCGGGGGGAGCGGCGGCAGAGGGGACGGGGCCAACCCCGGGUGGGCGGCGGAACCGAGACCGGGGGCACGGCAGCCAUCUCCUGGGUGCUGUUCUCCUGCCGCCUGGGCUGCCUGGGUGACACCGGUGACACCGGGGAGGGCAGCGGUGACACGGGGGACACGGAGGCCGUGAUCCGCAGCGUGGGCGCGGUGCUGGCGCUGACGCUGGUGACGAUGGCGCUGCCCCGUCCCCUCCUGCGCCUGCUGCCCGCGCCCUGGCACGCCUUCUGCCACGCCUGGGACCGGCUCUUCGCCUUCGCCAAGGGACACGUGGACCGGCGCGUGGCCGAGGUGGCAGCGCGGGGGCCGCUGGCCGAGGGGGACACGUGUGUCACCGACCUGCUGGCCCGGGAGCGCGUCCCCAUCAGCAGCAUCUACGGGAACGUCACCGAGCUGCUGCUGGCCGGGGUGGACACGGUGGCCAGCACGCUGGCCUGGAGCCUGUACGAGCUGGCACGGAACCCGCGGGCACAGGCGGCCCUGCACCGCGAGCUGGCGGCCGCCGCUGCCACCGGCGGCGUCACCGGCGGUGACGGUGCCACCACCGACGGUGACAGCGGUGUCACCUGCAGGCUGUACCCCGUCAUCCCGGCCAACGCCCGCGUUGUCCCUGACCGCGACAUCCGCGUCGGCGACUACCUGGUGCCACGCCAGACCCUCAUCACCCUGUGCCACUACACCACGUCCCGCGACAGCCGCUUCUUCCCGGCGCCCGACACCUUCCUCCCGGAGCGCUGGCUGCGCCACAGGGACACCGGGGACACCGCCGGGGACACCCCGGGGGACACCCCGGGGGACAUCCCCGGGGACACCCCCGGCCCCGGGCACCCCUUUGCCUCUCUGCCCUUCGGCCUCGGCCCCCGCAGCUGCGUCGGGCGCCGCCUGGCCGAGCUGCAGCUGCACAUGGCGCUGGCACAGGUGGGUGUCCGGUGUCCCCUCGGUGUCCCUCGGUGUCCCCACGGUGUCACUCACCCGUCCCCGCUCCCCCAGAUCCUGCUGCGCUUCGAGGUGCGGCCGGAGCCCGGCGGGGGCCGCGUGCGCCCCAUGACCCGCACCCUGCUGGCCCCCGGCGCCCCCAUCAGCCUGCGCUUCCUCGAGCGGUGACACCGGGGACACCGGGGACACCGGAGACGUGGGGACACCGGGGACACCGGGGACAAUGGGGACACC